GUCUGCCGGAGGCGGGGGCUCUCCGGAGAGCCGCGUCUGGACGCGGGUCCUACACCCGCUCGAGCUUGCCGGAGACCCCCGCUCGCUUUCCCCAGAGGACGCCGAGCCCCAGGCCAGGUCCGCUGCUCUCGCCUCCUUACUCGUCCACCUCAGACUAAAGGAGUCCAGCCGGCGGCAGAAGAUGCUGUGUGUGACACAAAGCUGACAGGUCAAGCCAAGGAUCCUUUGAGAAUCCGACAAGUUAAGUCACCCUUCCUCCCGCCAAAGUAUUGCUCCAAAGAGCGGGCGUCAAACUACAAAGGAGUGAUGGUGCGGAGGGGAUCACAGGCCUCCCAGAGCCUCCGUCUACCCGAGGACAGGUUAAGGAGAAAUUCUGUUCGGUCUGGAGCCCAUGGCUCACGUACGCCCAGGAAACCAGACGGAUUUGGGAGGAGACGAGGGAGCGCCCCGCCUCCCUCCGACGCAGAUCGUCUCACCUCGGCAAACGGGAGGGGCUGGGCGAAAAGUCAAGGUGUCCUCUCCCUCCCUGCGUACUUCAGUCCCUACAAUGGCGGGUCCCUGGGUCACGAUGAGCGAGCCGACGCCUAUGCCCAGCUAGAGCUGCGGACCCUGGAGCAGUCUCUCCUGGCCACGUGCGUCGGGAGCAUCUCGGAGCUGAGCGACCUGGUCUCCCGAGCCAUGCACCACAUGCAGGGACGUCACCCUCUGUGUCCAGGCACCAGCCCAGCCCGCCAGGCCCGCCAGCCGCCUCAGCCCAUCACCUGGUCCCCCGACGCCCUCCACACACUCUACUACUUCCUGCGCUGUCCACAGAUGGAGUCCAUGGAGAACCCCAACCUGGACCCCCCAAGAAUGACCCUGAACAACGAACGGCCCUUCAUGCUGCUCCCACCACUGAUGGAGUGGAUGCGUGUGGCCAUCACCUACGCCGAGCACCGCCGCAGCCUUACUGUGGACAGCGGCGACAUCCGGCAGGCGGCCCGACUGCUGCUGCCAGGCCUGGAUUGCGAGCCCCGACAGCUCAAACCCGAGUGCUGUUUCAGUUCCUUCCGGAGGCUGGAUGCCCACGCUGCUACGGAAAAGUUCAACCAGGACCUGGGUUUCCGCAUGCUCAACUGUGGGCGGACAGACCUCAUCAACCAGGCCAUCGAGGCCCUGGGACCCGAUGGCGUGAACACCAUGGACGACCAGGGCAUGACACCGCUGAUGUAUGCCUGUGCUGCGGGGGAUGAAGCCAUGGUCCAGAUGUUGAUCGAUGCUGGAGCAAACUUGGACAUCCAGGUUCCAAACAACUCUCUCAGGCACCCCUCUGUCCACCCUGACAGCCGGCACUGGACCUCGCUGACAUUUGCUGUGCUGCAUGGACACAUCUCUGUUGUCCAGUUGCUGCUGGAUGCAGGUGCCCACGUGGAGGGUUCGGCAGUGAACAGUGGUGAGGACAGCUAUGCAGAGACACCCCUGCAGCUGGCCUCUGCAGCUGGGAACUACGAGCUGGUCAGCCUGCUGCUGAGCCGGGGUGCCGACCCCCUCCUCAGCAUGCUGGAGGCCAGUGGCAUGGCCUCCUCCCUCCACGAGGACAUGAACUGCUUCAGCCACUCGGCUGCCCAUGGCCACAGGAACAUCCUGAGGAAGCUCCUGACUCAGCCGCAGCAGGCCAAAGCCGACGUGCUAUCCCUGGAGGAGAUCCUGGCUGAGGGCGUGGAGGAGAGUGACACAUCGAGCCAGGGCAGCAGCAGCGAGGGGCCAGUGCGGCUGAGCCGGACCCGCACGAAGGCACUGCAGGAGGCCAUGUACUACAGCGCUGAACACGGCUACGUGGACAUCACCAUGGAGCUGCGGGCCCUGGGUGUCCCCUGGAAGCUGCACAUCUGGCUCGAGUCUCUGCGGACCUCGUUCUCCCAGUCUCGGUACUCGGUGGUGCAGAGCCUGCUUCGGGACUUCAGCUCCAUCAAGGAGGAGGAGUACAACGAGGAGCUGGUGACGGAGGGCUUGCAGCUCAUGUUCGACAUCCUCAAGACCAGCAAAAACGACUCCGUCAUUCAGCAGCUGGCUGCCAUCUUCACACACUGCUAUGGCAGCACCCCCAUCCCCAGCAUCCCGGAGAUCCGGAAGACCCUGCCAGCCAGGCUAGAUCCUCACUUCCUGAACAACAAGGAGAUGUCAGAUGUGACCUUCCUAGUGGAAGGAAAGCUGUUUUACGCACACAAAGUCCUCCUGGUGACAGCUUCCAACAGGUUUAAGACGCUAAUGACCAAUAAAUCAGAACAAGAUGGAGACAGCAGCAAAACCAUUGAGAUCAGUGACAUGAAGUAUCACAUUUUCCAGAUGAUGAUGCAGUAUCUGUACUAUGGUGGAACAGAAUCCAUGGAGAUCCCCACCGCCGACAUCCUGGAGCUGCUGUCAGCUGCCAGCCUGUUCCAGCUGGAUGCCCUGCAGAGGCACUGCGAGAUCCUGUGCUCCCAGACCCUCAGCGUGGAGAGCGCUGUGAACACCUACAAAUACGCCAAGAUCCACAAUGCCCCAGAACUGGCCCUGUUCUGUGAGGGCUUCUUCCUCAAGCACAUGAAGGCCCUGUUGGAACAGGAUGCCUUCCGGCAGCUCAUCUACAGCCGCAGCAGCAAAGUGCAGGGCCUGGACCCGCUGCAGGACCUGCAGAGCACCCUGGCAGAGCGCGUACACUCGGUCUACGUUACCUCCCGGGUGUGAGCAGCUGGCUGGAACCUACGGGUGGGGCUGGACUCCUGACGCCAUCUCCCCUCACAUACCCUGAGCCCACCUCUCACCGCACAGCCCUACCCUCCGCCCCAGAGAGCUCACCGUUUGCUCAACCAGAAAGGGGCGUGGCCAAAAGGUACACAGUUACACCUUGAGGGCCACCCCCCAUUCCUUGCGUCCCACUUUUGCUCUGAGCUCCACCCACCCCGGCUGGGGCUCCUUGUGAAUGUACCCUCUCUGAGCCCAGGCCCUUGAGUGCAGACCUAGUAUGCUUUCCAGGGGAAAGGCUGCCCGUAUCCCUGGCCUUACCCUCCGGGAGGCUGUGCCUCUGCUCUGAAAGGCUUGGUGUGGGCCGCCCCGACCCACUCUGUCUGCCUAUUUUCCAUGGAGUUGGGACCUGCAGCACACUGUCCCAGGUGAUGGCUCCGAGUCCAGGAUGUGGGGGGCACAGCAUAGGGUCUUGGUGGCCUUGGCUUUGCUGCUGCUGUUAGGGGCCAAGGUAAAGAGGUGGAUUCCACAACUCAGGCCCAGAGCAGGCCGAUUCUGUCCUCCCCGGCCCAGCCUCUCAAGUGAAAGGUUCCUUUACCUCAGGACCAGAGAGCAGGCACACUUCUCAUUGGGAACUGCAGCUCUGGGGCAGAAAGGACAGGGCCUUGGUGGGAGGGAAGGGUUUGGAGAGCAGGACCCUCAGCUGCGUCCCCUGGCUUGUGCGGAGAGCAGACACUGGGAGAGCAUCAAGGACAGCUUGCUCUGGUGUAGCCAGGCUGCGCCACAGGAACUAUUUAUUCAUCAAAAGCCCUGGGUGCUUCAGGUGUCACUUCUGUCACCUUGAAAAGCCCCUUGGGCUUACAAUCUGGAAAAUAUUUUCAACUAGCUGCUUGAGCUGGAUGUACAAAGGAAUAGGUGUUAUUUUAUUGCUGUAAUAUUGUACGAUACUGUAACUGUACAUUAAUGUUGCCAUUGUAAAUGUACCAUGGUUUUAUUAACAAUAAACCCUCAUUAACA